CUGUAUUGGAUGAAUAGAAUAGAAGGAUGCAGGAGGGGAGGAGGACUAAAGAGAACGGGACCGUGACGGACUGCAGAGUGCUGGAUGAAGGCCAUCCCGUCAAUGAUGAGCAACUUCUGAAACAUCAAGUCUGCUUUUUGGACUGAUCUCUUUUUCGCUUGGAGGAGAUGCGGACAUGAGCACGGUCGGCCGGGGAGAGGAGAACUGUGCAGUCCACCAAACGAGCUGAGCCGAGGAUGCCGCUUUGGGCUUCCUGGAACAAGCGUCACCGGAGGCGGCACUUUUCGUGAUCCCAAAUCUCCGUUCGGAACCAGGGCGGGUUCGUCUUGUCUGGCCCGGUCUGUCAGCGCCUCUUUGACGACAGACCGCCCUCCCCCCUUCUUCCUCUAUUUCCUGAUGCAGGGCCGAGGAGGGGGGUGAGCCAAAGUGUGGACCGGAUAUUGGAAAAGCCAUUCUGGAUGCUGAUGCUGCUCCUGCCGCUGAGAUAAUAGACGAUGAUCUAGUCUAACGUCCAACGAGCGAGCACAUGAACCCAUCGAGGCUGUAGAGAAGAAGACGGAUUCUGAAAUGUAUUUUUGACAUUAGGAGAGAGGAAGGAAGGAAAGGAAAGGGGGGGGUCCCUAGUAUCGAUCGGAGCAUGGAUUGAGGCAUUCUGACUUGGGAUAUUUGAGACUCUGCACUUGCAGAAAUCAAUCUGUUAGUCUUCCUGUUCACGUCUGAGUAAGAUCUGCACCACUUUAGUACAAACGCACGCACUCAAAGAAGGAGCAGGGUGGCUAUUCCUAUUUUGGGAGCACCUCCACCGUCACGUCAUCCCCCCUCUGAUCUCCACGUUUUUCUACGUAAAAACCGAUCAUCCCAGUAAAGGACCACAUUGGUUUUUUUACUUUCGUAAGAUUGUUUCUUUUUUUUUUUUCUUCGGGUGGGGGCGGGCUUGGAGGCUAUACGACAAACAAGUGAAUGGGAGUAGCCUGCAGGGCCCGGCGUUAGAUCACGACCACCUCCGACGCCAAAGUCUUCUGGGAUGAGCCUUGCUGCAUUGCGAGUCGAAACGGGUCCUCAGCUCUUUUGAUUCGUCUCCUCUGAAACUGGCUCGAUUUUUCGGGGCAAUGUCGGGGAAAAUGAGCAGCAAGGAACUGGGCCAGUCCAACCAGUACGUGGGGCCUUACCGGCUGGAGAAGACCCUCGGGAAGGGACAGACUGGACUGGUGAAGUUAGGUGUGCACUGUAUAACGGGACAGAAAGUUGCCAUAAAGAUUGUCAACAGAGAAAAACUGUCAGAAUCCGUUCUCAUGAAGGUGGAGAGAGAAAUAGCAAUUCUGAAACUAAUUGAGCACCCUCAUGUUCUGAAGCUGCAUGAUGUCUAUGAAAAUAACAAGUAUCUGUACCUGGUGUUGGAGCAUGUGUCUGGUGGAGAGCUCUUUGACUACCUGGUGAAAAAGGGCAGGCUGACCCCUAAAGAGGCCAGGAAGUUCUUCAGACAGAUCAUCUCCGCUCUGGAUUUCUGCCACAGUUACUCCAUAUGUCACAGAGACUUGAAGCCUGAGAAUCUUCUCCUGGAUGAGAAGAACAACAUCAGGAUUGCCGAUUUUGGCAUGGCCUCAUUACAGGUUGGGGACAGUCUACUAGAAACUAGUUGUGGAUCCCCGCAUUAUGCUUGCCCUGAAGUCAUUAGGGGGGAGAAGUAUGACGGCCGUAGGGCAGAUGUCUGGAGUUGCGGAGUCAUCCUUUUUGCACUUCUUGUGGGUGCUUUGCCGUUUGACCACGACAACCUACGGCAGCUUCUGGAAAAGGUGAAAAGUGGAGUGUUCCAUAUGCCCCACUUUAUACCACCUGACUGUCAAGCGCUGCUCAAAGGGAUGAUAGAAGUCAACCCUGACAAGAGACUCACGCUAGAAGCAAUACAGAUCCACGCUUGGUACCAGAGCGGUCGCAACGAGCCGUGCCCUGAGCAGCCCCCUCCUCGUCGCGUGUGUGUGACAAGGGUGCUAUCGUUGACCGACCUGGACCCUGAUGUUCUGGAAAGCAUGUACUCUCUAGGCUGCUUCCGGGAUCGGGUCAAACUCACACGGGACCUUACGAGUGAGGAAGAGAACCAGGAAAAGAUGAUUUACUACCUCCUGUUGGACAGAAAAGAGCGCUACCCCAGCUACGAGGAUGAAGACCUGCCCCCGAGAAAUGACGCCGACCCACCUAGGAAGCGCGUAGACUCGCCGAUGCUGACCCGCCACGGCCGUUGUAGACCAGAGAGGAAGAGUCUGGAAGUUCUCAGUGUGACCGAACAGGGCUCUCCCACCCCACCCCGCAGGAAUCUGGACACUAAUGCGCACAGUCAAAGGUCUCGCUCAGUGAGUGGAGCAUCCACGGGUCUCUCUUCUAGUCCUCUCAGCAGUCCCAGGGUCACGCCGCAAGGCUCCCCUCUCCCCACCCCGUUGGGCACGCCCGUGCACCAAAUCCAACACCCUUCCUCCACAACCCCUCCCUCCUCCUCCUCCUCGUCUUCUUCUCCCAGAGGGGAUGGCUCCGGAGGGGCUUCUCUGUCACUGACGCCGCCCUCCAGUCCAGGUAGCAGCGGCGGCCUAGCCUCCUCUAGCUCCGCCCACUGGAGAGCAAGGCUCAACUCGUUCAAAAACAACCUGCUGGGCUCGCCGCGCUUCCACCGGCGUAAACUCCAAGUCCCAACAUCAGAGGACAUGUCCAGUUUAACUCCAGAGUCCAGUCCAGAACUGGCCAAGAGGUCCUGGUUUGGCAAUUUCAUCAGCCUGGAGAAAGAGGAGCAAAUCUUUGUUUUGAUUCGAGACAAACCCCUCAGCUCUAUCAAGGCAGACAUUGUCCAUGCAUUUCUUUCGAUCCCUUCCUUAGGUCACAGUGUUGUGUCUCAGAACAGUUUUCGGGCUGAGUACAAAUCCUCUGGGGGCCCGUCUGUUUUCCAGAAGCCUGUCAAGUUCCAAGUGGACAUUGGUUUCUCUGAAGGAGACCGGGAACUGGAAAGGGAGCGAGCAGAGAGGGAAGGCAGAAAAGCGCUUGGCAUAUACAGCGUCACCUUCACCCUAAUAACAGGUCCUAGUCGCAGAUUCAAGAGGGUGGUGGAAACCAUCCAAGCUCAGCUCCUUAGUACUCAUGAUCAGCCUUCUGUGCAGGCACUGGCUGAUGAGAAGAACGGCAAACCCUCCCGGCAGCCCGGCACACCUUCGCGUCAAAAUUCCAAACGUUCGGAAAGUGAUCGGUGUGAGAAGGAGCGAGCGGCGGCGGCGGAUGCGGCGAGCGGAAGCGGCAACGACGACGACGGAGGUAUCUUACAAAGGCAAGGGUCGGCGGGGAAAGAAAAAACUCGAUUUCUCUCCACAACCAAUGGGACACAGUCACACCCCUGAACAGAAUGCUACGAAGAAGAGGCGGGAUAUCUACUCUGUCCUUUAUCCUACCCGCAUCCAUUUUUUUCCUUCUUUCUGCCUUGCGACUUCAGUUCAUAGCGGCGGAUUGGAAAAGCGAAAAGAUUUAACGUAAAGCUCCGUGGAUUUUUCCUCAGUCCUCAAGGAGAAAUCAGAAGCAAGAUCUCCACCACCCCAAAAAAAAAAAAAAAAAAAAUCCCACCUUAGAAGAAAAUGUCACAAGAAAAACACAUUCACGCGCUAAUGAAGAAAGCACACGACCUGCUCACUAACGUACGGGAUGCUUCACUUACUUCACACUUUUGGUGCGAGCUUCUGAUCAACAUCCAAUGACAGACGUUUUCAUUCCUCAUUUCCAGUUUUCAUGAAUGCUUCUCAACUUGACCUUUAACCUGACAUCAUGACUUACAUGAUUUUACGGAAUGUCUAUUUAAAAUGAGCAAAAAAAAAAAAUCAAAGCUUGUGUCUUGAGAAAUGACGAAGAACUGGAUGGGUCUGAAUUACAGGAGGGAUGCUGUAUUAUGGCAAAAACACACAAAAACAUCACAGAAGAUGGAUCUGAUACUUAUGUGUACCGACCGGGAUAUAUAUAAAAAAAACAAUAAGGCCCACUGAUGCAUCUUA